AUGGUGAUCGCGCUGAUUAAAGAGUUUGACGAACUUAUUUGGCUUGGAAAGGAAGUGAAUGACCGUACACCAGUUUUUGUACGCAAAUCACAAAUGCGUCUACCACAUCGUACAACGACUCCCGUUAUUAUGAUCGGUCCCGGAACGGGUUUCGCGCCGUUCAGAGCGUUCCUCCAGGAGAGGAAGUUCCAGAAAGAUCAG